AUGGAAAUUUUUAAUGAUUUAAAAAUUAUCUCUAAUAAUAAAUUAUGCAAGAGAAUUAACCUUGAUUUUGAAUCAUGCAACCUCAUUCCAGUCACAAUAAUGAUACAAUCAACGCUCCUCUUAAUAUUUAUUGUGAUACUUUCUGUUAUUAUUUAUAUAUGGUGGUACCAGAACUUUUCUCGUUUCUUUUCUCUUCUAAAUAAAGUACCAGGACCUCCUGGAUACCCAAUUAUAGGCAACAUUAUCCAGUUUCUUGCCACGCCUGAAGAACUAUUCAAGAUUGAUCGAGAAUUAGGUCGACGGUUUUAUCCGAUAUAUAAAGAAUGGACUCUGACUUAUGGUGCUGUCAAUCUUUUGCAUCCAGACGAUAUCGAGCUGGUGUUAUCAAACAGCAAAUAUAAUGAUAAGAGUGCCAUCUACGAUUUUUUGCAUUGUUGGCUGGGUACCGGUUUACUAACCAGCAGUGGUACCAAAUGGCAAACGCGUCGUAAAGUAUUAACACCGGCUUUCCAUUUCAAUAUUUUGCAACAAUUCCUUCCCAUUUUCAACGAGGAGACAGUAAAACUUAUUAAAAACAUCAAAAAUGACCAACCAAUCGACGUUAUCCCACCUGUCACACAAUUUACCCUUCUGUCAAUCGCAGAAACUUCAAUGGGAGUUAAAUUGGACGCAUCGCCAAAAAGCUGUGAUGACUACAAGAAUGCAAUCCACGUUUUUGGCUACGCUUUGACUUACAGAUUAGGUAGGCCUUGGCUACACAACCCGUUUGUCUUCUUCAAUUUGACAAGACUUGGUCACCUGACUAAGAAAAGUAUCAAGAUUUUGCAUGACUUUUCGCGAAAUGUUAUAGAACAAAAGAAAAGGACGUUUGAAGGGGAAAAGCGGGGUAAAAGGUUGGCAAUGUUGGAUUUGUUGCUUUUGGCUAAACACCAAGGGGCGGAUAUUGAUGACGAAGGCAUAGCCGAAGAGGUUGAUACUUUCAUGUUUGAGGGUCACGAUACGACUUCAAUUGCAAUCUGCUAUACGCUCCUCCUUUUGGCCAACCAUCCAGAUAUUCAAGACGAGCUAUAUUCUGAACUCAAAUCAGUCCUCAGUGACCCAACUCAGACUCCCUCUUACAGUGACCUCAAACAACUCAAUUUAAUGGAACGUUGUAUCAAAGAGUCGCUUCGGAUUUUUCCCAGUGUUCCUUUUAUUUCGCGCUUAUUAACUGAAGAUUUAACUACAGCUUCUGGUUAUGUCAUUCCAAGAGGCUCAAUGGCUCAUAUACAUAUUUACGAUUUGCAUAAUAAUCCAGAGAUUUAUCCUGAUCCUAAGAAAUUUGAUCCUGACCGUUUUCUUCCUGAAAACUGUCAAAAGAGACAUCCUUUCGCCUAUUUGCCUUUUAGUGCAGGUCCGAGAAAUUGUAUUGGCCAAAAAUUCGCAAUGUUGGAGCUAAAAGUAGUGUUAAGUGGAAUUUUGGGUAAUUUUGUUUUGGAAGCUGUGGAUAAGCCAAAAGAUGUGACCAUGAUUACAGACUUGGUACUUAGAUGUAAGGGACCAAUCAGGGUUAAGUUUGUACCAAGAUAUAAAAUAAAUUGAAUUUUUGAUUGGCCAGUAAAAUACGCAGUCCUGCCCUAAAGAUAUUGAUAUAAUAGGAUGUCAUAAGCAAUAAAUUGUAGUUGUAAUAAUUCCAUACAGCUGUAUUAAAAAUGUGUAACAUUAUUGAACUAAAA